AUUUAUAGGAUGUUAUACAAAGACGUGAAUAAAAGAAGCAGUUUCAGAAAAAGUGGCACACUUUGGUUUUAAUCUACUAUGACAAUAUUCCAUUUGAGCCAUAUUUAUGAAUAUAUGCAAAAUAUCUGACAGAUUGUUUUUCCUUUUUAUGAUGCCCUCCAUUACUUUAAAAAAAAAUCCAAUGAUUCUAAUUGGUCCUUUAAGCUGACAAGUAGAGUCUAAGCCAUGCAUAAUCUACAGCUGUAAUCAACCAAAGAAAAUCCCACUAUUCAUCCAAUCGGUUGGGGGAAACAAUCUGCACAUUAUCUCCACAUGAACUAAAUCAGCCACAGUCCACUAAGUGUACUCUACCUGGUAGCCUUAUUAACCUAAAUUGAUAAUAAUUAACAUAAAAAGAGUAUUAAAAACUAGUAUUUGCAGCAUAUUAAGUCAUUUUAAUCUGGUUAUUUUAUACUGCAGUGACAGUAUGAAGAGCAAAGCAACAUGCACCUGAUUUAUGAAAACAGAACUAUUGACUGCAGACACACUAGCCUGCUGUUUUUACUGAAUAUACGUGAUGGUUGUUGAGUUGUGAUUCACAAACUGCUGUUUAAAAAGUUCCCACUUCACUUUUUUGGCUGUUUGUUUUAACAAAAUGCAGGCACAUUGACAACUUCUUUGUAACUGUGUCAGUUUGUUUGGAGUCGACUUUGAAUAAACAUGAAAUAAGUUAGACCUAGCAGUUUCCAUCUCCUGAUGGCAGAAAUAAUGGAUUGAUCCUGGAGGGUUAUUGAUGUAGCGCUUUCUCAUCAUGAGGACAUUAUCUGACAAUGAGAUUUGGAUCGGAUGAGUAUAUCGACCAGCCAUCGACCUGGAGGCUACAGUCCUGUAUAAUCCACCUAAUGCACAGGAGAUAGUAAAGAAAAACUAUUGUCUGAUCAGUAAAGAAGCAUACUAUCUUUCUGUGUGCUGGAAAUGCAAAAAAACAUUGACUUCUUAUACAUACAGUAUGUUUUGUACAGCAGUAUAUCAAGCUCCCAGUCAUCACUGCUACUAUCAUGUCUGCAUUAAGCAACUCACAUCUCAAAGUAAGUUGUUGCAAACGUUCCACUCUGGGUUUUUCUCAGCAGAGCAUCUCUGCAGGCGUUUGGGCUUUAACCUCAUCUCCAGUCUUGCUCCACCUGCUGCAGUGGGUCAGCAGCAGCAGCAGCAGCAGCAUCAGCUGGGUGGAUGUGGGCUCAGAGCGGAUUACCGGGGAGACGGCUGUUAUUGUGUGUCUGCUGGCAUCAGGACUCUGGUCUUUGUGCUUUACUAAUCAGACCUCAGAGGGACUUUCUCCAGCAGCCGACACACAGCGAGCAGCAGCGGCGAUGUUUCCUUUAAUGACAGCAGAGUCAGUGUGGAGCUUUAUGUUGGUGGCAACAGAAAAAACGCGAAUCUCAGCAGUUUGAUUAGUGUCUGUUUACAUUUUCCUGAUUCAGCGGUGUCCAACCUGGAUGUGGAGAGUAAGCUGACAGCACAUUACCAAGCUCCCUGGCACCAGCAGAGGAACGUUUUCCAUCCCUCCACACGGCCAGCAUGUGUAGAAGAGCUCCACAGGCAAGCCAACUUCAACCUGUGGGCCCUGCACCGAGAUCACCAGAGGAGACGAUCAGGCAGCAGGGAACGAAGAGUCACCAUCUCCAUCUCUGCUUUGCCCCCGAUGCCCUUGUACCCCUCCCCUCAGGUCGUCCAGAGAGGGGCAAAUUUAACAACGUUCGAAUCCACCCGAUCCUCCUCCCCUACCGAAUGUUGCCGCUUCUCUCCCUGGAGCAGAAAGGCUGCGCCCUCUGACCCCGACACUGACGGGGUGGCUCUAGGUCACCGAUCUAAGUUCCCCAUCCAUAACAUCCCCUCCACCUUGGACAAGCAGACUAACUGGUCUAAAGCUCUGCCGCUGCCCACCCCAGAGGAGAGAAUGAAAUGCAGUUCCCAAGUCAUCACCUCAUGUGUCAUCCCCAUUAAUGUGACUGGGGUUGGCUUUGACAGAGAUGCUAGUGUGCGCUGCUCGCUCGUUCACUCGCAGUCUGUGCUUCAGAGGAGACGGAAGCUGAGGAGACGGAGGACGGUUGCCGGCGUCCCCAGACAGGUGCAGCAGGACUUAGACUCUGAUGACUCUCCUGGUUCCAGAGAGCGAACAGUGAUAGUUCAUGCCAGUCCAGAUAUCACUCCUUCCAACGAGGAGCUGGCCAGCCAUCUCAGCACCAGAGACUCCGGUUGCCAGACAGAAGAGUUUUUGAUCUCAGGAGCUCCGUCUCGGAGGAGGAUCAGGGCCCAGAGAGGACAGGGAGUCUCCCUCUCCCUCUCCCAUUCUGCAGGCAACAUCUCCUCGCUGCCAGACAGUGCCGACGCCAUGUUCUCUGCCUCUGUUGGAGCUCGCCUGCGUUCCCGGAGUCUGCCCCGAGACGGCAGCCGGAUGUUGGACAACGGACACAAUGACAGUGACGAUGAGGAGGAGCUUUCCCCCUUCAAUGCUGAGAGCUUCCUACCUGGACCCAGAGAGCUAAUUCUGAAGGAUGAAGGAGAGAGCACCGAUGACCAGGCCAUGCCCGAACACCAGCUGGGGAGCCUGAAGUACAACCAGCUGUCGGAGAGUCCAGAGCGUAGCUGGAUGGAGCGGACCAGAUCCCAACUGCCCAGGAAGGCCGACAUGGGCAGCUGUGAGAUCUCGUCCAGUUCCGACACCUUCAGCAGCCCCGUCCAUUCUGUCUCAGCUGCAGGGGUGCUGGGUGGCCAGAUGGACCAUAAGGACGACCACCAGUCAUCCAGUGGGAACUGGAGCGGCAGCAGCUCCACUUGCCCAUCCCAGACAUCGGAAACAAUCCCCCCUGCAGCGUCUCCGCCACUCACCGGCUCCUCGCACUGUGACUCUGAGCUCUCCCUCAACGCUGCCACUCACACUAAUGAUGACCAGACCAGUUUCAUGCUGGACCCCUAUCAGGGCCUGAGGACCCAGCGGGCCGGCUCCUUCUCCUCCACAGCUAUGGACAUAUUAGAGGAAGUAGGGGUUAGCACUCCCAUCGAGGGGGAUUGGGGUUACUCCCACCCGGAGCCUCCUCGUCCACAGAACUUCAGCCCUGAGCCAAGCAGAGAGGCUGAGAGCAGCCUGGGCUGUCCCAGCUUCACCAGUAUGGCGACCUGCGAGAGCAGCUACUCUGACAAACCUCCAUCAGAGAAAGCAGACACCGUCUCACACUACUCUGUAGACACUGAAGGUUACUACACUUCCAUGCACUUUGACUGCGGUCUGAAAGGUAGCAAAAGCUUCACUUACAACUAUGCACCCUCUGGCUCUGACUGUGGCCUGUUUGACUUAAAUGGUCACAUGACUCUGGGGAGACGCUGCCUCUCUUUAAAGAAACCAAAGGUGAAGCCGUCUCCGCCUAAAAGGAGUUCUUCCUUAAGAAAAAUAUGCAGUGAGGGAAACAUCCCUGACAAGAAAGAACCAAAGAUUACAUGCGGGCAGCAGCUUCCUCUGACUUCCAAAGAGAGGAAGAUGCAGCUGGUUUUGUCCGGCUCUCCAGGUCACAUGGAAAACUCUUCAUUGGUCAGAGAGCCUCUUGUGAUUUGGGGGGUUGAAGGCUCAGCUGAUCUCCCUGAUUUAGGCAUUUUAAGCUCCACAGAUGCACAUUCAUUUAAGGACGAGGGCGUUGUACAGUCAGACUACGCAGAUCUCUGGCUCCUGAAUGAUUUAAAAUCCAGUGAUCCCUAUCGAUCCUUGUCCAACUCGAGCACAGCAACAGGUACGACUGUUAUCGAGUGCAUCAAGUCACAGGAAAGCUCAGAGUCCCAGACGUCCCAGUCGGGCUCCAGAGCCACCACGCCAUCACUCCCAUCAGUGGAGGGAGACUUCAAGCUGACGUCCCCGGAGAAACUGGCAGGCCUGGCCAGCCCGUCCAGCGGCUACUCCAGUCAGUCAGAAACACCCACCUCCUCAUUUCCCUCCACCUUCUUUCCCGGACCAAUGUCACCAUCAAGCGACAAAAGGAAGCCCAAAGUCCCAGAGAGGAAGUCCUCUCUUUCAUCACUGUCACUGCAGUCGUUGUCUUGCAGGGAGGGAGCAACCUCGAAGAGAGAUCUGGAGCUGCCGGUCAUCCCUCCCUCCCACCUGGACUUAAGUGCGCUUCAGAGCGUCAGCAACAAGGCCUCAGCUUACAGAACCCAGACACAAAUCCUUCAGCAAAACAAACAAAGAGCUGCAGUGUCAGCCAAACCUGUAGCAGCUCCGAGCUCAGAUGUAUUCAGCGCCCACCCCCUGUCCAUUACACCUACAGUACUACACUCAGUACAACUCCGACCCAUCAGUAAGGAACUGGAAGGAAAUCAUGAUGACAAAGCAGUUUCCAGACUCCAGUACCCCUCUGUGAACUUACAGAGCACUCUUUCAAGUAGUAAAUCUUUAGAGCUCAAGAGUCCCUUAAUGUACAACGCACAUCAUAAUCAUCUCACAUCCUCAAAGAAUUCGUGUGAAUCGUUGUUUACCUCAAACGAAGAGCUUGUAAGUGGAGACGCAGCAUGUCAGAGUGAGAUGAGGAGCAAACAGGACCCAAAGGCUUCUUUAGAAAGACUGCAGUCAGACCCAAGUUUAGACCAGAAGGGCGAGGAUGUCCUUGAAGGAGAAGAAACAUUUAGAGAGUCAGUAGAACCAUCCGUCUGCUCUGGAGACUUCGGCUCACUAUCAGAGCUUUUACAACAGCAACAGAACGAACAGCGUGAACAAGAAACAUGUCCUCCUGCCUCUGUUCCGCACAGUUCACCCAGCAGUUACAACAGUCUUGAUAAAGUGCCUGCUACUGACAGCCAGUCAGAAACUUUGCAAGUGAGUCCAAUCAGCGAUGAAGACAGCAGAGAAGCGGAGAAUGAUUCAUCAGGUGUUUCAGCCGAAAGUGCCUCGCAGGACGGCAAGGAGGAUUCCACAGCAGAGACGGAGGAUUAUUUCAGUAAAGACUCGACACCCAGUGACAGUGCAGUGUCUCCACUGAAUGAUGAGUCGAGGUCAGAGGAUGACAGCGUGUUUCUGUCACCCACCAAAGCUCGCACCACUGAGGAUCUGUUCGCUAUGAUUCACAGAUCCAAAAGGAAAGUGUUGGGGAGGAAGGACUCCGCUGAGGUGGCUGUGAGGAACCGACUCGGUGCUGCGUCCGGAAACACACCACCCAGCAGCACUGUGAGCUCCCCGGUGUCGGUGUCAUCACCCUCCAUCGCCAGCGUCACCCCACCAGGCCUCCAGAGAGUCUCCGGCCCCAUCUACAGGAACGCAAAGAAGUCCAGCACCUCCAACGAGGAGUUCAAGCUGCUGCUUCUUAAAAAGGGAAGCCGGUCGGACUCCAGCUACCGCAUGUCGGCUACAGAGAUCCUCAAGAGCCCCGUCACUCCUAAAACACCCGGAGAGUCUCUGGCGGAGUCGCCCAGACACCCUGAGGAGCCCGCCUCCCCCCAGCAGCAGCAGCAGUCAGGACCAGAGCAGCUCUCCAGCCCCUACCCCAAAGCCAACUCUGAGGGCUUCUCCCCGAAAUCCUUCCCCACAUCUUCUUCCUCCAGGCAGGGACGCUCCAGAAUCCCCCCACCAGCCAACAGCAGCCGCUACGGCAUGCGCAGCCGGUUGUACUCGGCACCCAUGCAGGCCAUCUCCGAGGGCGAGACAGAGAACUCAGACGGAAGCCCUCACGACGACCGCUCGUCACAGGGCUCCACGUAGAACAGAGCAGAAAUGAAAUAAGUUUAUUAGUUUACGGUAAAACAAAUGGACCAGAAUGAAAUAUAAUAUAUAUGAUGAGGUGAAGGCAGGAGAACUGAUGAGGUUAAUUUAGAUAAAACGGUUUGAUAAACGUUAAAUUCAUAAAUUCAGUGAUUGUGGAUGAUUUUUAAAGCAGUUUUCUUUCUGAUUUUUCUGUGGCAGCAAUUUUACCUGUUUUAUAUAAAAUGUAUUUCUAAAAAAUAUGUCUUUAUGAAAUUAACAGUUGGAAUUAGAAACAAGAUUAUUUAUCAUCUGCACACGGUAGGAAAAAAAAUCACCAGAAAAACAAAGGAAGCAUAAUAAGUAGUUCUAAAAACAUUUUUUUAAAUGUUAGUUUAAGGCACAUUUCGCAAAGCCAUGUAACCCAGCUGGUUGCCUUCCUUCAGCCCUACAACAGUAUAUUCAUGUUUGAUUCUCUCUGUUCUGCUGUCAGAUUUUACUCCAGAAUUUAAAAAAAAAAAACUUGUACAAGAUUUUUAGUAUCUUAUGAAAAUGAACUGUAUGUAUUCUGUGAAUACCUAUGCAAUUAGACACAAGUUGUACAUUUCUUCAAGCCAGUUGUACUGAAUUAUUUUUGAUCCCCCCCUCCCCAACUAAACAUCAGGACUAACUACAAAAUGUGAACCUUUGGUCCUUCUAUUCAUAUGAGUUGUAAACAGCAUUUGAUAUGAUGUCUUUGUAUCUUUUAAUCUCUCCUUUUUGAAGCAUAUAGUAAAUUAUAGCAAAGAAAGCUUAUUACAACAUUUUAAAACUGUCAUGCAAUAAAUAAGAGGAGUAAUUAGAGGCAGGAAAUGUCAAAGCCAAGAACUAACUUCGACAAUCUCUGGAGACGAGAAGGGAGCAGGUGUUAACAGGGGAGAUGAAAAAGUGAUCAAAAAAGUUGGAGGCAGUGAAUUCUGAGAGCGAAUAAGGAGGUUUAAAGAAAAAUAAAACAAGGGUCAUUUCU